AGGCGCGCGGGGCCGCCGUCGCAGCUACCUUCCUGCGCCGCUUCCGAGAGGGCGCCCUAGUCUCUACCCGGCGCGCAACGGCAGUAUUGGCGUCAGGGCGCGGUGGGGGCAAGACGGGUGACGGGCAGCUGGGCGGUGCCGGGCCGAGAAAGGCGCCUCACCUGGCGCCUCCUGCCUUCCUUUUCACCUCAGGUUGCAGAGAGCCGCCAGGGCAGGUGGAAGGGCCACGCCCCGCUCCCGCGAGGGGCACCGAGAGAUGCUGGGGGAGGGGCAGGGACCCCAACCCUAGACCAGUCCUGUAGGACACAAUGUCUGAACAAGAGCGUAUACAGGAAUGUCUGCGGAAGGAAAUAAGAUCACUUCUCAUUUCCACCAAAGAUGGUUUGAGCCCACAGGAGUUGGAGAAGGAGUACCUUUUGAUGGUUGGCAACCAUCUACCACUCCGAAUCCUUGGGUAUCGGUCCACUAUGGAGCUGGUAUUGGACAUGCCUGAUGUUGUUAGUGUCUGCCACGGUGCAGGUGGUACUGUAAUACUGAAAGCCAUUCCAGAUGAAUCUACCAAAGGAAUAGCAAGUUUAGUUGCAAAACAGAGGAGCAGCCAUAAGGUUCGAAACUCUAUGCAUAAGGGAAGACCUAGUAUUUAUUCUGGACCAAGAUCUCAUCGGCGAGUACCUUACCGAGGAAGGGUUGCCCCUAUUCUUCCAGCUGUUGUGAAGAGUGAGUUGAAGGACCUGUUGGCGUUAUCUCCUGUUCUCCUUUCUGAUUUUGAAAAGGCAUUUGCCAAAAGAUUUGGACGAUCAUUCCAGUACAUGCAAUAUGGAUUUCUCUCUAUGUUUGAAGUGCUGAAUGCGGCUUCAGAUGUCAUUUCUGUAGAGCAGACCAGAGCAGGUUCUUUGUUGAUGCUAAAGAAGAAUGUAACAGAGGAAAAGCAGAGAGGAUGUCCAGCAGGUAAAAUUUUUACCCAGCCAUUUAGAAUGAAACAAGGGUCAUACUCCACAGGCUUUCCGGUAGCAAAGGCAUGCUUUUCACAACCCACUUCAAACAUGGAACCACAGAAGCAAAUAAUGAGCAUGGAAAAGACUUCCAAGUUAACUGUAGUGGAGACUUCAAGGCUGAAUCACGCUGAAAAAUUAAACCAGCUGGAGAACACAUUCAAAUCGGUUAUUGCACAGAUUGGACCUGGAGGAACUAUCAGUUCAGAACUAAAACAUAAGAUAAAAUUUGUUGUAUCUAAGUUCCCAGAGGGUUUGUUUAUUUCUAAACUGCUUGGAGAGUAUGAGGUGAUUUUUAAAGAGCAACUAUCGCCAAAAAAAUUAGGCUUCUUAAAUGUGACAGAACUUGUUGGAGCUCUUAGUGACAUUCUUCAUGUUGAGUUCAGGGAAGGACAGCAAGACUUACUAGUGUUUGAUGUGGAUAAGAAGCCUCUACCACCUGUUCAAUCAGAUAAGAAAAUAGAAGCCAAAGCUUGUGUCUCCAGUCCACCUAGAAAUUCAUUGUCUACUGUUGCUGUCAAAGAGACUGUAUGGAAUUGCCCUUCAAAAAAACAAAAAGAGCCACAACAGAAGAUUUGCAAGAAGCCUAAUGUGAUAGUAAAGCCUUUACAGCUGCAAGUAGAAACAAACAAAUCACAGCUCAACCUGGCAAUGGCAAAUCAUGACAUCCCGCCAGAUGCUGUGCCGGACAAGAAAUUAUGCAGACUCCCACCAUUAGACACCAGUUCCCUCGUAGGGGUCUUUGUGGAGUAUAUCAUCUCUCCCAGUCAAUUCUACAUCCGGAUCUAUAGUAGGGAUUCGUCAGAGUUACUCGAAGACAUGAUGAUUGAAAUGCGGCGCUGUUAUUCUAAUCGGCUGGUUUCUGAUCGAUAUGUCAUGCCAGAAUGUUUUAUUCAGCCGGGACAUCUCUGUUGUGUGAGGAUUUCUGAGGAUAAGUGGUGGUAUCGGGUCAUUAUCCAUCGAGUCCUUGGGAAACAGGAAGUUGAAGUGUUCUACCCAGACUUUGGAAAUAUUGGAAUUGUUCAGAAGUCCUCCCUGAGGUUCCUCAAGUGCUGCUACACAAAGCUUCCAGCUCAGGCUAUCCCUUGUUCUUUGGCUUGGGUGAGACCAGUAGAGGAACACUGGACAUCGAAAGCUAUUUUGCAGUUCCAGAAGUUGUGCGGUUUGAAGCCAUUAGUGGGGGUAGUGGAUGAAUAUGUAGAUGGAAUCCUUAACAUUUUUUUGUGUGACACAUCCUCAAACGAAGAUAUCUAUUUCCAUCAUGUCUUGAGAACAGAGGGCCAUGCUAUUGUAUGCCGAGAAAAUAUCUCUUCUAAGGGUUUCAGUGAGCUCAACCCUUUAGCUUUAUACACGAAAUCCAGUGGAGGGCCAGAGGACAUUGUCUUGACAGAACUGGGUUAUCCUUCCCAGCAGCACUAUUUUAAUGAAGACCGAAAGAUAAGUCCACAGUCAAAAGAGAGUGAGUUACGUAUCCUGCAAGAUAUUAAUGAUGAAAAGUGUUUAAGUCAUCUUAAAUCUGAGUCAAAGGAGCCAUUAAAGGAUUCUGAAUUUGAUUAUUUGAAAACCUGUAAUAAGAGCUUUGAAGAAGAUCCAAAGUGGUCCAACCCAGAGCCAAAUGAUCUGAAGGAAGAAAAUGAGGAUGAGAUCCCCACUGGAAUGCCAUGCCUGGAGUCAGUGACCAUAGGUGAUGACAUUUGGGAUGAGAACUGGUUACCUCUACAGGCUAAGAUGGGAAAAGGAGGUGAUGCUGCCUCCCAUCUAUUUACUGCAAGCGUUGGUGGAAAGAAUCAGUAUUCAUCAUGUAAAGAAAUGCCACAGAAGGACUGGUGUUUUUCUAUCCCCAAAGAUACAUGGGAUGAUUCUUGGCAGCCUUCAGGCCUUGUAAAUGGAACGAAAGUAGAAGUUCAUAAACCAGAAGUACUGGGUGCUCAGCAAAAAAAUACUGGCACAAACAGGACUCAAAAGCAACUAGACAUAAAUGGUUCUUCAGAUUCUUCCACACUGCCCAAAUUGGAAGAAUUCUAUACCUCUCUCACCCAGUCAGAGGACCAGAGCCAGUCUGAACCCAACAACAGUCAGACUCAGCCAAAGCAAAUUCAGCUUUCCACAGCAGUACCCCGUUCAACUCCUGCAGUGGAUGAUUCUGCAGAAAAGCCCUCUGGUUCUGUGGAAAGCUCACCAGAGAUCCUAAAGAAUGAAGAUUUUUCUAGCAGCCGUGCUGUUACAGUGUACAAUGACAAGAGCCAAGAAUCCAUGGACCAGCUGUCUUUGAUUUUGUCUUAUGAGUGCCAGAUUUCUCAGAAGCUCUACAUUCCUCGAAGUACAGCCACUGCUGCCUUAGGUGCUGCUGCACGGUUAGCUACAUCCAGGAGCUUCUUACACUGGUACCCCAGUGUGAAAAGGAUGGAAGCAUGAGGGAGGGAGGGAGGGAGGGAGAAAAACAGAAUCCAGCCACUUAGGCCUUGAUAAACUCCCAGGCCAAAAUGAGGAGGUGUUGAAGCAAAAUCGUAUCUUGAUUGUUGAUACUUUUGUCUUUCUGUGGCUAUAUGUUAGCUUUAUUAGGCUAACAGUCUACUUUGAUGUGUAAGUAUUGAUAUUUACUGUUAAUCUUGAUUUUUCUUGAUUUUAUUGUGUGUUGUUUUGUUCACCUUUGUUUUUAAUGUAGUUUAAAGGAUAUUUUGUGUGUGUGUUUGUUUUUCUUGUACAUUAUCAUGACUGAUAAAUGAAAAUUGAAAAACUAA